GCCUCACAUUCCAACAACUCGAUACUCCCGGUUUCUUUCUUUCCUUCUCUCUCUUGUUUUAUUUAUUUUGCAUGAUACCCAUAGACGCAGAAACAAACCACCCACCAUGCGAUUGACUGUCGAGCUCAUCCAAAACUCGCUGUCCUACAUCAACCCGCUCAAGGACCGCGAGCUGGACCUCCGAGGGCAUAAGAUUCCUGCGAUUGAGAACUUGGGUAUUGCCAAGGUAUGUCACACUUUACUUUUUUAUUCCCAUCCGGAGAGAUCGAAUGCACGAUUUGGAAGUAGAGAAAGAAAGAAACUGAUGGCGGGGACAUGUGUAGGAACAAGAUGCGAUCGAUUUCACAGACAACGACCUCUCCUCGCUAGGGAACUUCCCGUUCUUCCCCGCCUGCACACGCUUCUCCUCGCGCGCAACCGCAUCAAACACAUCCAGUCUUCGCUGCCGGCUUCGCUACCGCAUUUGACGACGCUUGUGCUGACGGCGAAUAAUUUGACCGAGUUGGCGGAUCUUGAUCCGCUGAGCGGGCUGCCUAAGUUGACGCAUUUGGUGUUGCUGGAGAAUCCGAUUACCAAGAAAGAGCACUACCGCUCCUGGAUCAUCUGGCGCAUUCCCUCCAUCCGCUUCCUCGACUACCAAAAAGUAAAAGACGCAGAGCGCGCCCAAGCGCGCGAACUCUUUGGCGAGUCGCCCUCGCAGCCAACAACCCUCGCAUCAAAGAUCAUGGGCAUCAAGUCACGGACGUUCGACGUGCCCUCGUCUGCUGCUCCGGGGGCAGACACGACGCAGGGCGACAAGACGGUGCGGGUUAAGUUGACGGAUAAGGAGCGGCGUCGGGUGGAGCGGAUGAUCCGCGAGGCGAAGAGUCUGGCGGAGAUUUCGCGCCUCGAGAAGGAGCUUAAUGAGGGCCGUAUACCGGGGGGGCCUGGUGGGGGUGUGGGGUAUGAUGAUGAUGAUGAGGAUGAGGAUCGGAUGGAGACGUGAGGUUAACCUUCUUCCUCCGUAUUUUUUUUUACUUUUUGGUCCUUUUGUUUGUUUGAAAGGGUUGAUGGGUUCGGCGUUGUUUGUUUGAUAUUUGAUGUUUGAGUGUGGGUUGUUACCCUUUUCUUUUUACAUAUGAAGAAUAUGGCAUUAUAUGGUGAAUCAAGGAAGGGGGUGAUUAUCUAUCACAUUAUAUGAUAUUUAUAAAUAAGGGUAAUUUU